AUGCCCACUGUCACUUCAUCGCCUCUUAACGACAAGGCGGCCAUGAGGAAGAGGAACCAUGACAGCUCACCCUUGUACCCCGACUUCAUGCGUGAGUGCAGCAACUAUAUGACGACUGUUCAUCAUAUGUUGAUUCCCUAGCUUUCUACGAUCCUCUAGAGAAAGUCGAAGACAUCGGCGAAUUCGAACAUAACGAUCCAGGAAGUCGUGCCGAUCCCACUCUCCCGAACCUGCUAGGAAGCGCCACGAAGAUCUACGACCUCUCUCCCCACGUAGGGACUGGGAUCGAAGGCGUUCAGAUCUCGCAACUGUCUUCAGCUGGGCUCGACGAGCUUGCGCUACUCGCAGCAAAACGCGGAGCGCUCGUGUUCCGGUCUCAAGACUUUGCCGACAUUGGCUUUGAGGCACAGAGGAGGGUGGUCAAACACUUUGGCCCAUUGCACGUCCACGGAUGGGCGCCUCAUCCGAAAGCCGGAUCAGCAGAGCACAUGAUCAUAUACGACCACAAAGACGAUCUCCGCGUUCGAAGAUCAUGGAAAGGCCGGAGUCCAAUCCAGUGGCAUACAGACCAAUCGCCAGAGCAGCAGCCUCCAGGCACGACAUUUAUAUGCAUGCUAGAGUCUCCUGCUACCGGAGGGGGCGACACACUUGUCAGUUCAAGCGUGCAAGCAUUCAAGUCGCUCUCUCCGAGGUUUAGAAAGCGACUAGAAGGCCUGACGGCCAUCCAUUCUAACCUCGAUGGCGUUACGCAGGAGUUGAAGAACGGCUCCGGCGCCGUCAUGCGAAGGCAGGAGCUCACCGCGGAACAUCCCGUUGUACGCGUCCAUCCGACGACUGAGGAGAAGGCAUUGUGUAUGCAACGCAAGUAGGCUUGAUGGAUUAGGUCACUGACUGAUCGAGCAGACGUCAAUCCGGUCUACACGAAGCGCAUCGUUGGCUUUGAUCAAGAGGAAUCAGACUACCUGCUCGGAUUCUUAUUUGACCAUAUCGCCAAACGGGCAGACUUCCAAUGCCGAGUGCAAUACGAAGCCGGUACGGUACUUGUCUGGGACCAGAGGGUGACCAACCACUCUCAAACGCUCGACUAUCCCGCGGGCGAUAGGAGACAUGCAUUCAGACUGACACCACUGGCCGAGAAGCCCAUUCCGUCUAAAUUUGAGGAGGUGGACGAGGAGUGUGAGAAAGAGCCCUCCAGAGUUUCGCUUGGCUUGUGUUGA